AUGAAGUUCAACACCAUCCUGGGCCUGUUGGUCGCUGCCAGCCAGUACUGGCCGUCCAUCGCAUUGCCUCAGUUUCCCGAUAAUCCCGUCUGUGCUGCCGGCAUCACGUCUGUCGAAGUACAGCCGGUGCAGUUCAUCGUCAGACAGCCCAUCUACAUCAGCGCCUACUUACCAGUCAACACUGUCCUGGUACUCGAUGAUGGGCUAACCCUCACCAUCACUAAUGCUCCAUUGACCUUGGUCACCGAAAUUGACAAGUUAGGAACACUUACGUCCCAAGUUACUAGAAUCAUUGACCAGGUCUCGUCAAUUCCAAACGCCUAUGUCACCAUCACAAGAGGUGGCCAGGCCGGAUCUGAGGCAAGCACAAUCACAAUCUUCCCCUCUGGUCCUGAUGGCGUCGGAACCUACUUGGUCUUCACCCCUUUUGCCAACAUUGCGGCCACCACCGGCAGUAGUGUUCCAGAGACAGCAACUGUCCUGGGCACUCCCAUCGACCCGAGUGGUUUUGUCACGCAGUCCGCGCCAGGAGCGAGCAGCGUUAUCAACCCCGGACCCAGCCCUGCAUCAGUUCCGGUCACAAUCGCUCCCACAGCAUCUGGAGGUGCUGCGGCUUUGCCUCAGAUCUUUGCUACCGUCAACGUUGGUGGUGCCACGGGCGUGCCCAGGAACUUCACCGUCGUGGACUCGGCUGGAUCUGCGGGUACGGUCUUUGCGCAGACUUUUGACAGCUUCUCCAUCACUGUUACUGGUCCUCAGAACGUCAUUACGGUUUUCGGUAACGCCGGUGUUACACCCGCUGCCAUCACAUUGCCCGGUAACAGGGGUGUGACGCAGACCGGGGCCGAUGCUGUGCUUCAGAUUAUCCAGACUCCGGGAGGCGAGGCCGAUUUCCUUGCUAGGCUCACAACCGUGAGCAUCCAGGGCCAAAACGGCCAGACCGGAACCUUCACGCUUAUCCCGACGGCUGGCAGUGUUGGCGCGGUAAUCGUACAGACUGCGGCACCAGCUCUUGGUGCCAUCUUCCAGACCAUUAGCGUUGCCGGAGCCACGCCAACUACACUUUCCAUCCCGGCACCCGAAGGACAGACCGGAACUGUUAUUGUACAGACCACGGAUGGCUUCACAGGCCCCGCUGCUGGUCCGUUUACGACCGUUACCGUUGGCGGCGGCCAGGGUGAUGCUCCCGCGACUGUGACUAUUCCCCCGGCCGCUGGUGCGACGGACGGCGUCUUCACCGUUCUCGUUCAAAGCCUGGAUCCUACGGCCUUCAACGGACCUUUCCGAACUAUCACGGCCGGCGGUAACACGGGAGGAUCACCAGUCACCAUCACUGUUCCUCCCUCAGGCACCGGUCAGACCGGCACUGUUGUUGUUGUCCAGCCUGCCAUCACCUCCUUCACCGGCCCUUUUACGACCAUUACGACUGAUGGCAAUACUGGAUCUCUUCCAGUCUCGCUCACCAUCGUUCCCGCCGGUAACCCGACUCUGGGUACCAUUAUUGUGCAGACUCCCUCAAUUACUGCUCGGCCUGCUCUCUUCAGAACCUUGGCCGCGCUCCCGAUUGCCGGUCUCGGUGCCACAAUCACCUUGCCUUUGUUAGGAAACUCUGCUUCUGCCCCCGGAACUAUUGUAGUCGCCGUGGGACUGGGCGGAGAUGAUCCGGCCACGACUGCACCAGCCGCUUUGGCUGCCAACCUAGUCACUAUCCGAGGUGACUACAAUGGCACAGAUCCGUUGACUUUGACCCUCCCUUCUCAGGGCGACAACCCGGUUGCCACCAUCGUCGAGCAAUUGCCCAUCGGCUUCAGUGCGGGAGUCACCAUUGGAAACCCCGCCGCAACUACGGCUGUGCCUCCUAUCACGAACGCUGCUACGCAAGCUACCGCCCCUAGUGUAUCCGCUGCAAACCCGGCGGCUUCGAACGCAGCUGUUCUCCCGAAUAUCCUCACUAGCGGCUACUCCGGAUCUGUGCCGACCACGGUCACAUUGCCUCCUCUGGGAACCCAAACGGCCUCUCAAGUCUUGGUCCUUACGCCAUUGACCAACGCUGCCGGUUCUGCUGCGCCUGACCCUGCGGGCUCUGCUGCGACUGUGGCUCCUAAUGUGAUCAACACCAUCACCACUGGAUUUGGCGGUUCUCAACCUACCACCGUUACCGUCCUCCCACAGGGCCUUGAAUCUACUGCUCCCGUCGCCUUGGUGUUGACUCCGGACCCAGCUGCUGCGACUGCCGCGGCGUCCCAAGGGGCUCUGCCUGGUUCCUUCACCACCCUCACCGGACCAGCUGUUGGGUCAACUCCCACCACGCUGACUAUCCCUCCUGUGGGAACCAACACUGUCGGCACGGCUGUGGUUCUGGGCGAUCCCUUGGCCACUGCUACUGCUCAGCCAGGCCAGACGCAGACACAGGAUCCUGGUGCCAACGGAGUCCCAUCCAGUCUUGCACCUGGAGCUCUAGGUGCCUUCACCACCAUCCAGAGCGGCUUCAACGGCCUUCAGCCCUCGACCUUUACCGUUCCUCCUGCUGUCAGCGGCGCUCCAGGAACGGUUGUCGUCCUUACUCCUACUAACCCAGCUGCUCCCCAACUGACCCUCCCUUCCGGAGUGCCAUUCGUUACGGUAACUACUGCUGGUGAUGUCCCCGCUGUGCUAACAAACGUUUUGCUUCCCACAGGAACAAACACUCUAGGAACUGUUCUCGUCCAGACCCCUGCCACUCCAGCUGCUUCUCAGCUGAACCUCCCCUCUGGUGUGCCCUUCGUGACGGUCACAACACCAGCCGACGUUCCCGCCGUGGAGACAAACGUGCUGUUGCCAUCGGGAACAAACACUGUUGGCACCGUUCUCGUCCAGGUGCCUUCGUCCUUGUUCACAGCCCUGCCCACCGGUGUUGCUACCACUCCAGGCGCAGUCAACUCUGGCUUGGUGCUUCCUGGACUCACCAUCCCACCCAUUUCCAUCGACCUGCCCACCAUCAUUCUGUCUAUCCCCAGUCUUAGCCUGGGUUCCUUCAUCACCUUGACCCAGGGCGGACCGGUAGCAACAACUGCCAUUCUCCCUCCCUCCGGCACCAACUCGGUGGGCCUCGUGAUUAUCCAGACACCGACUGUCGCCGCGACUGCCGCUCCAGGCGCUGGUGUCUUCACGACUCUCUUCCAGGGCUUCUCCGGAUCCGUUCCUCAGACUACCACCCUGCCGCCGACGGGAACCAACACCCUCGGCGUCGUCUUGAUCCAGACGCCCACGGUUUCUGUGGAGGUCAACAUUCUUCAGACCACCACGAUUGGCUUCACCGGAUCACUCCCCACUACCGUUACCGUGCAGCCGUCUUCCGGUGGCUCUGGUCUCGUGGUCGUUCAGACCCCGUUCACAAAUCCCUCGGUCUCUGCCACCAACGUGGCGGCCAAUAGCUUCAUCACUACUACCCAGGGAUUCACUGGCAUUGCGCCGACUACGAUUACUUAUUUCCCUGGUGGAACUGACACGGUUGGUACCGUGGUCGUUCAGACACCCAUCUUCUCUGGAGGUGCUGUAACUGUGCCAUCCAUCUCGUUGGGUCUGCCGAACAUUCAGAUUACAAUUUCCAUCGGCGGACCUGUUGCGGCGACAUCUACUGUCUUGCCCUCCGGCACCAACACUAUCGGAACCGUGAUUGUUCAGACCCCCACUGCUCCCGGAGCCGGAGGCGCAACGACUCCCAUCGUUGACCCGGCUGUCACCGCGCCCGGCUUUGUCUCUGUCACCACUGGCUACACUGGAUCCACGCCAACUACCUUUACUCUGCCGCCAACCGGCACCCAGCCCGGAGUUGUCGUCGUCCAGACUCCUACCUCUGGCGUUGCUGUUGCUCCCAACAGCUUCAUCACGGCUGUCACUGGAUUCACCGGCACUGAGCCGACAACGGUGACGAUUCUUCCUACGGGAACCAACUCUGUUGGCAUCGUUCUCAUCCAGACUCCCACAAGAAUCAGCACGACUGUUUUGAUCAGCAUCAGCGGUGACCCUCCACCACCUACUGUGCCCAGCGGCUUCAUCCUGACCACAACUGUUGGCACCGGCACUCUGCCCACCACAGUCACUUUCCCUCCCUCGGGCACCAACCCUGGAAGUGUGGUUGUCCAGACUCCAUCUAUUGGAACCGCGGCGCCCGGCGUCACGAACGCUUUGCCCAACGUCAUCAUCACGAGCGGGUUUGCUGGCUCUGCCACAUCUACUCUUACGCUGACUCCCUCUUCCGCCGGCGACCCGACGACUUUGAUCGUCUUGACGCCUACUUCUGCUGCUGCUCCUUCGGUCACCGUUGCUCCAGCAUCGUUUGUUACUCUGACCAGUGGAUUCUUCGGCACUGCACCGGCGACUACAACCUUGGCACCUGUGAACGCUGGAGAUCCAGGAACUGUCAUUAUCCAGACACCUCUUCCCACGUCUGGCCUUUCGUUCCUCACUACUACUGUUGGCUACACGGGAGCUGUACCGACUACCGCCACAGUAUUCCCAUCUGGAACUGAGACCGUUGGAGCCAUCAUUAUCCAGACUCCUUUCUCUCCUUCUUCACCCGCGGUUACGAAUGUUGCCCCUACACCUACGGCUCCUGGCUUCUCGUUCAUCACGGUUCAGACUGGAUAUUCUGGCACCGGAACUCAGAUUACCACUAUCCUGCCUGCUGCCAGCGGCAGCGUUGGUCUCGUUCUUAUCCAGACUCCCACUAUUGGACAGGAUCCUGCGACUUCAAGUCCUGCGAUCAACAUUCCAACCACAGGGCCAGCUGCAACUCCGACUGUGGCACCCGCGUCGCUCGUGACUCUCAUCAGCACCUACACCGGAUCCGUGCCGUUGACCUCGACUAUCCUUCCUACCGGAACCAACUCCCAGGGAACUUUCGUCAUCCUUGUCCCGAGCUCUACCAUCGACCCUGGUACCCUCAGUGCUGGUGCUCCAGCUAUUACGUCCUCACCCGGUGCGGUGUUUGCCACUCUUACUUCCACCUACGGAGGCUCGGUCACCUCAUUCCAGACUGUGCUCCCAUCGGGAACUGGCUCGACUGGCACCCUCGUUAUUCUCGUUCCGAGCAACGUGCUGGCUUCUCCCACAGCCACACCCGCCAUUCCUCUUACUACUGUCACGUCGACGUAUGGUGGCUCUGUUAUCUCAACGGCCAUUGCUUCACCUGCAAACCCUGGAGACCCUGGCACUCUUAUUGUCUUGGUUCCAAGCAACAUUGCGAGCUCGACUGGUGGCGCUGCUCCUGGUGUUGGCAACAAUGUACUCACAACAUUCCUGUCCACCUACACCGGCUCAGUUCCUCUGACUACUACUGUCGCCCCGAUCAACUCCAAUGACCCCGGAACGGUCAUAGUUCUCGUCCCAAGUGCAACGAGCGGAGCAGGCGCAGCAACGCCCACUGCUGGCGGUGUUAUUACCAGCUUCUACAGUGGCUUGGUGCCUUCGACAUCCGUGUUGCCUCCAGGUCCCUCUGGCGAGCCUGGUGGCACCGUCAUCUUCCUUCCUAGCAGCACCGGUCUGUCAACCGCCGCUACAACGGCUCUGGCUGCCGGUCUCUACACUAGCACGUACGGAGGUUCAGUCACUCUUACUUCUACGCUCCCCGUCGGACCGUCUGGAGAGCCUGGUGCCACAGUCAUCUUCGUUCCCAGCAACACUGCUGCGCCCACUCCCGCGACCACCGCAUUGGCUGGAGUUCUCACCAGCUUCUACAGCGGACUGGUGCCAUCAACUUCGGUUCUACCUGCGGGUCCUUCUGGCGAGCCGGGUGCGACUAUCAUCUUCCUCCCUAGUAACACAGUCACUCCACCUGCUACAGUGCCGACUGCCGGUGGCCUGUUCACCAGCUUCUAUGGUGGUUCUGUCACUCUCACAUCCACGCUGCCCACUGGGCCCUUCGGCGAGCCGGGUGCGACUAUCAUUCUCAUCCCGACUCCCACUGCCACGCUCAGCCCGGCGCUACCGAAUGUCUUGACUAGCACGUAUGGGGGCUCUGUUACGUUGACCUCUGUCUUGCCUACCGGCACCAACGGAGACCCCGGUCAGACAAUCAUCUUCGUCCCGAGCAACACCGGCGCUCCUGGAGCCACCGGUACACCCUCUUUGCCCAAUGUCUUGACCAGCACAUACGGUGGUUCAGUUACCCUGACCUCAAUCCUACCAACUGGGCCAUCGGGUGAGCCAGCACAGACAAUCAUCUUCGUGCCGAGUAGCUCUGCUGCUCCGGGUUUGCCCAACAUCCAGACUAGCAUAUAUGCAGGCUCAGUCACCUUUACGUCGGUCGUUACUGAUGGUGGUGGUAUCAACGUGCCCCCGCAGACUAUUGUCUUCGUCCCGGGCGUGACCAUUGUUCCCAGCAACACUGAUCCUGCAGGACUUCCCAACAUCUUGACAAGUACCUAUGGAGGCUCGGUGACUCUGACUUCGGUCCUCCCUGUUGGUCCAUCUGGAGACCCAGCUACCGUUAUCUUCGUGCCAAGCGCGACUGGUACUCCCAGCAACACUGGUGCUGCAGGUCUUCCCAAUGUUUUGACUAGUGUUUAUGAUGGUUCAGUUACUCUGACUUCCGUCAUCUCUACUGGCUCUGCUGGAGACCCUGCGCAGACGAUCAUUUUCAUUCCAAGUGCCCCUGGCGUCACCAGCAACACUGGUGCCGCUGGUCUCCCCAACAUCCUGACAAGCACUUAUGGAGGUUCGGUGACUUUGACUUCAGUACUACCGGUUGGCCCAUCUGGAGAUCCUGCCACGGUCAUCUUUGUACCGGGAACUCCUGGUGUCACCAGCAACUCUGGUGCGGCUGGUCUACCUAAUGUUUUGACCAGCACUUACGGAGGCUCCGUUACUUUAACUUCAGUUUUGCCAGUUGGUCCGUCCGGAGACCCUGCUACAGUCAUCUUCGUACCUGGUGCUCCCAGCGCCACUCCAACCAUCACUGCUGCUCCUACGCUGCCCAACGUCUUGACCCAGACCUACGGCGGCUCCGUGACGUUGACCACUGUUGUCCCCACAGGAUCUGCGGGCGACCCUGGUGUGACUGUCAUCUUCGUUCCCUCUGCUUCAGGCGCCUCGUCUGUUGACCCUACUCAGGCUCUCGGCAAUGUGUUGACAAGCACCUACGACGGAUCGGUCACGCUCACGACUACUUUGCCGGUUGGCCCAUCUGGUGACCCAGCGACUGUGGUCUUGGUACCAAGCAACACCUUGGUACCAACAAGCACCGCAGCGGCAGGCCUUCCGAACAUCCUGACGCAGACCUAUGGUGGAUCUGUGACUUUGACAUCUGUUCUUCCCACGGGUCCUUCAGGAGAGCCUGGCGCAACGGUCAUCUUUGUUCCUGGCUUGCCAACUACAGCACCAACUGUUCCAUCUGUUGGCGGCGUUUUGACGAGCACUUACGGCGGUUCUGUCACUUUGACGACUACUUUGCCCAUCGGACCGUCUGGCGACCCAGCGACCGUCAUCUUGGUGCCGACCAGCACCGGAGCCGUUGGCCUUCCUAAUAUCCUUACUCAGACAUACGAUGGUUCGGUGACCUUGACGACUGUGCUGCCUACGGGCCCAUCAGGUGAGCCUGGAGCUACAGUCAUUUUCGUUCCUGGCCUCCCGACCACUGCUCCGUCCGUUCCAUCUGUCGGAGGUGUUUUGACCAGCACGUACGAUGGAUCGGUAACGCUCACGACCACUUUGCCUAUCGGCCCAUCUGGCGAUCCAGCAACCGUUGUAUUGGUGCCAAGCAGCACUGGAGCAGCCGGUCUACCCAACAUUCUGACCCAGACAUACGGUGGAUCGGUGACAUUGACAACUGUCCUCCCUACGGGUCCUUCGGGAGAGCCUGGUGCAACUGUUAUCUUUGUGCCAAGUUCCCCGAUUGCUACACCAACUGUUGCCCCUGGAGGCAUCUUGACCAGUACUUAUGCCGGAUCGGUCACCCUUACGACCACCUUGCCCAUCGGUCCAUCUGGUGAUCCUGCUACUGUCAUUCUGGUACCGGGUAGCACAGCAGCUGCAGGUCUUCCCAAUAUCCUUACCCAGACGUACGGAGGCUCGGUUACCCUCACCACUGUUCUGCCUACUGGCCCGUCCGGCGAGCCCGGUGCGACGGUCAUCUUCGUACCAAGCUCUCCUAUUGCCACACCUACCAUUGCCCCUGGCGGAGUGUUGACCAGUGUCUACGAUGGCUCAGUCACGCUGACAUCGACUUUGCCCGUCGGUCCAUCUGGGGAGCCUGGAGCUACUAUCAUCCUCAUCCCUACCAAUACUGGGGUUCCAUCAUUGCCCAAUGUCUUCACUUCGACGUACGACGGCUCGAUUACGCUCACCACUACCCUCCCAGUCGGACCUUCUGGAGACCCGGCGACCGUUAUCCUGGUGCCGAGCCAGACUGCCGCUCCCGCUGCCCCAAGCAAUCUCUUCACCAGCACGUACGAUGGAUCUGUCACCUUGACCACGACCUUGCCCAUUGGCACUGUUGUUCUGGUCCCCAGUCAAACUGCGGCUCCUGGCCUCCCCAACAUCCUCACUUCUACGUACGGAGGUUCGGUCACUUUGACCACCACAUUGCCUGUUGGUCCCUCAGGAGACGUUGCCACGGUCAUUCUCGUGCCCAGCCAGACUGGCGCUCCUGGUCUUCCCAAUGUCUUGACAUCGACAUACGGUGGCUCGGUAACCCUCACUACCACCUUGCCCGUUGGGCCUUCUGGAGAUGUCGCGACUGUCAUCUUGGUUCCAAGUGCGACACCUGCUCCUGGCUUGCCAAAUGUCCUCACUUCUACGUAUGGAGGAUCAAUCACUCUCACAACCGUCUUGCCGGUUGGUCCUUCUGGCGACCCCGAGACGGUGAUUUUGGUACCCAGCCUGACCGGCGCUGGUGGCCUACCCAAUAUCUUGACUAGCACCUAUGGUGGCUCAGUCACGUUGACCACCACGCUUCCAGUCGGACCUUCAGGCGAUAUCGCAACAGUCAUCCUGGUACCCAGCACGACACUUGCUCCUGGCUUGCCUAAUAUUCUGACGAGCACUUACGGCGGAUCGAUCACGUUGACCACUGCCUUGCCUGUUGGCCCGUCUGGAGAUCCCGUCACGGUGAUCCUUGUACCGAGCCAAACUGCGGCGCCUGGUCUGCCCAAUGUGUUGACCAGCACCUAUGGCGGUUCAGUCACUUUAACUACCACGCUACCCGUUGGUCCCUCUGGCGAUAUCGCGACUGUGAUUUUGGUACCCAGCUCAACUGCCGCCCCUGGUCUACCGAACAUCUUGACCAGCACCUACGGAGGUUCCGUAACCUUGACUACAACUCUCCCAGUUGGACCAUCCGGCGACAUCGCGACCGUGAUCCUCGUCCCCGGUGGUCCCACUUCCACGGCUGCCCCUGGUUUGCCCAACGUUCUUACCAGUACGUACGACGGCUCGGUGACUCUCACGACAACUCUGCCAAUUGGCCCCUCCGGGGAUCCUGCCACAGUCAUAUUGGUGCCCAGUUCUGGCUCGAAUGGUGCUGGCCUUCCCAACGUGCUCACAAGCACCUAUGGAGGCUCAGUCACUCUCACGACGACGCUGCCUAUCGGACCUUCAGGCGACCCAGCAACUGUCAUUCUUGUGCCUAGUUCUGGAGCGAACAAUGGCGGUCUCCCUAAUAUUUUCACCAGCACCUAUGAUGGCUCAGUUACCCUCACAACUACACUUCCCAUUGGGCCCUCUGGAGAUCCAGCAGAAGUCGUGUUGGUGCCCAGCUCUGGAUCCAACAAUGGCGGUCUACCUAAUGUGCUUACAAGCACUUAUGAUGGAUCAGUCACCCUUACGACCACUCUGCCUAUUGGGCCUUCCGGUGAUCCCGCCACGGUUGUGUUGGUUCCCAGCACUAUUCCUUCUAUCACGGCGGUUCCCGGCCUCCCUAAUGCGCUUACAAGCACAUAUGGAGGCUCGGUUACUCUUACUACCGUCUUGCCCAUUGGACCUUCUGGGGACCCAGCAACUGUUGUUCUCGUGCCCGGCUCUGGUUCAACUGGCGCUGGUCUUCCCAAUGUCUUUACCAGCACCUACGAUGGUUCGGUCACUCUCACAACCACUCUCCCCAUUGGGCCAUCGGGCGAUCCGGCGACUGUCAUCCUGGUCCCGAGCACGAUUCCUUCCAUCACAGCUGCUCCCGGUCUUCCCAACGUACUUACAAGCACAUACGAUGGUUCAGUCACUCUCACGACGGUUCUGCCUCUUGGCCCGUCUGGAGACCUGGCCACCAUCAUCUUAGUGCCGGGUGGUACACCAUCUACUACGCCCGCGCCUGGUCUUCCCAACGUGCUUACGAGCACAUACGGAGGCUCGGCGACUCUUACUACCGUCUUGCCCCUCGGCCCCUCCGGUGACCCGGCUACUGUUGUCUUGGUCCCGAGUGCCACUCCUACCAUCACGCCUGCACCCAGUCUACCCAAUGUGCUCACCAGCACGUAUGGUGGUUCAGUCACUCUCACCACGGUCUUACCUUUGGGACCAUCUGGAGAUCCUGCUACCAUCAUCUUGGUACCCAGCAGCGCCGUUCCUCCACUCAUCGAUAUUUCUAUUGGAAUCAACCUUCCAGGUCUAUUUACCAGCACUUAUGGAGGUCCAUCUACCAUCACUACAGUGCUGCCAGUUGGCCCAUCUGGAGAUCCUGCCACCGUCAUUCUGGUGCCAAGCACUCCUCCGCUCAUCGACCUCUCGAUUGGCAUCAACCUCCCCAACCUUUUCACCAGUACCUAUGGUGGUUCGGUCACCCUCACGACUACCCUUCCCAUUGGGCCGUCUGGUGAUCCGGCUACGGUCAUUCUGGUACCCAGCAGUGUCCCUACUAUCACGGCUGGACCUGGGUCACCCAAUAUCUUGACGAGCACCUACGCUGGCUCUAUUACCUUGACCACUGUCUUGCCGGUUGGUCCCUCUGGUGAUCCCGCCACCAUCAUCCUGGUGCCCGGAGCCACUAUCACGGAUGCCUCAGCACUGCCUAAUGUGCUUACGAGCACUUACGCCGGCUCAGUCACUCUCACAACCGUACUUCCGAUCGGACCCUCUGGCGACCCGACUACAAUCGUCUUGGUUCCUGGCGUCACUCCUACGGACGCCUCAGGAUUGCCCAACAUUCUCACAAGCACAUAUGGCGGUUCUGUCACACUCACCACUGUCCUUCCAGCUGGUCCCUCCGGCGAUCCGGCGACGAUUGUGUUGGUUCCCAGUGCCCCUAUCACCGAUGCCCCAGGACUGCCAACUCUCCUCACGAGCACAUAUGGCGGCUCGGUCACUCUUACCACUGUGCUUCCAGCCGGCCCCUCCGGAGACCCGGCGACAAUCGUCUUGGUUCCGGGAGCCUCCAUAACGGAUGCUCCCGGCCUGCCCAAUGUGCUUACCAGCACCUAUGCCGGCUCAGUCACUGUCACUACGGUGUUGCCCAUCGGACCCUCCGGGGAUCCGGCUACGGUCAUCCUGGUGCCUGGUGCGACGAGCGAUGGCGCUGGUGGUCUGCCCAACAUUCUCACCAGCACCUACGAUGGCUCUGUGACGCUUACGACCACUCUGCCUAUUGGUCCUUCUGGUGAUCCGGCAACUGUUGUUUUGGUGCCAUCUUCGAUCGGCGCCGGUCUGCCCAAUGUUCUCACUAGCACGUACGACGGAUCAGUUACUCUCACGACCACCUUGCCUAUCGGUCCAUCUGGCGAUCCGGCCACGGUUAUCCUCGUACCUGGCGCGAGCAACACGGGUACUGCUGGUCUUCCGAAUAUCUUGACAAGCACUUAUGACGGCUCGGUCACGCUCACCACUACCUUGCCAAUUGGCCCCUCUGGCGAUCCUGCUACUGUGGUCUUGGUGCCCUCGUCUGGCGCUGCUGGCCUCCCAAAUGUGCUUACUUCUACAUACGACGGCUCUGUUACUCUCACCACCACGCUUCCGAUCGGCCCUUCAGGAGAUCCCGCAGAGGUGGUCCUUGUCCCAAGUGUUGUACCGAGUGUCACCGCGCCUGGACUGCCCAACUUGCUUACUUCGACUUACGAUGGUUCCGUCACGUUGACCACUACCUUGCCCAUCGGUCCCUCGGGUGACCCAGCAACGGUGAUCCUGGUCCCAAGCGCCGUCCCAGGCGUGACUGCGACUGGGCUUCCCAAUGUUCUCACUUCUACGUACGAUGGUUCCGUUACCAUCACCACUACUUUGCCCAUUGGUCCGUCUGGCGAUCCCGCAGAGGUGGUCCUUGUGCCGAGUGUGGCCCCGAGCGCAACUGUGCCUGGUCUCCCCAACCUUCUUACGUCCACGUACGAUGGCUCAGUCACAAUCACAACGACGCUGCCGAUUGGGCCCUCUGGCGACCCAACCGCCGUCGUUUUGGUUCCUGGCAUCACGGCUCCAGCACUUCCCAACGUGCUGACAAGCACGUACGAUGGCUCCGUCACCUUGACUACCACUUUGCCCAUUGGCCCUUCGGGAGACCCUGCGACUGUGGUCCUGGUCCCGAGUAUUCCUGGAUCUCCAGCCUUACCAAAUGUCUUGACCAGUACGUAUGACGGAUCUGCCACUAUCACAACUACCCUGCCUGCUGGACCAACACUUGUGCUGGUUCCAAGCGCCACCAAUGUGGCAGGUGGUUUGUUCACGAGCACGUACGACGGCUCAGUUACUCUUACAUCUACGCUUCCUGCUGGCCCAUCUGGUGAACCUGGAGCCACCAUCAUUUUCGUCCCGACGAUUUCUGUCGGUGGUCUUCCCAACCUCUUCACGAGCACGUAUGAUGGAUCAGUCACUCUCACGACUACGCUUCCUGCCGGUCCUUCUGGUGAGCCUGGUGCGACCAUUAUUCUGGUCCCAACCGUUUCUGUUGGCGGACUUCCCAGCCUCUUCACCAGCACAUACGAUGGCUCGGUUACCUUGACCACCACUCUUCCCGCUGGUCCAUCUGGAGAGCCCGGACCUACCGUGGUCCUGGUCCCUGGCUUAACAUCUGCUUUGCCGACGUCUGCCCUGCCGAACUUAUUCACCAGCACGUACGAUGGCUCCAUUACCCUCACCACUACCUUGCCAGCCGGUCCCUCAGGCGAGCCUGGCCCAACGGUUGUUCUCGUCCCCGGAGCCACAUCGGCGCUGCCCAAUCUCUUUACCAGCACGUACGAUGGAUCCAUCACGCUCACCACCACACUCCCUGCUGGCCCAUCGGGGGAGCCUGGCCCUACUGUUGUUCUGGUUCCAGGUCUCACAUCUGCCUUGCCGACAUCUGCUCUGCCAAACUUCUUCACAAGCACCUACGACGGGUCUGUGACUCUCACCACGACGCUCCCCGCUGGCCCGUCUGGCGAUCCUGGCGCGACCGUGGUGUUGGUCCCUGGUCUCACGAGUGCUUUGCCAAACCUCUUCACGAGCACGUACGAUGGAUCCAUUACGCUCACAACUACCCUCCCCGCUGGUCCAUCUGGCGAGCCUGGCCCUACCGUCGUUUUGGUUCCUGGAUUGACUUCGGCAUUGCCCAACCUCUUUACUAGCACGUAUGACGGAUCCAUCACUCUCACUACCACGCUUCCGGCUGGCCCCUCGGGAGAACCUGGUCCGACCGUCGUCUUGGUUCCUGGCGCUACUUCUGCGCUGGGAAGCUUCUUGACCAGCACAUACGGCGGUUCAGUCACCCUCACAACCACUUUGCCAGCUGGACCUUCAGGCGAGCCUGGUCCGACUGUUGUUCUGGUGCCAAGUCUCACUGGUGCCAUCCCCACGCCUACUGCAGACUUGAACAUCCUGACCAGCACCUAUGCUGGAUCGGUUACUCUCACCACAACCUUUCCGGUUGGUCCUUCGGGAGAGCCUGGUGCUACCGUUAUUUUGGUCCCAAGCAUCACCGAUGCUUUGACUACUCCCACCGCGGCUCUGCCCAACGUGUUGACCAGCACCUACGAUGGCUCAGUCACUUUGACUACCACUCUCCCCGCUGGACCCUCGGGCGAGCCUGGAGAUGUUGUCGUCCUGGUCCCAAGCUCUGCUCUCGGAGCCUCUCCUGGCCAGUUCAUCACGCUCACCAGUGGCUACUCCGGCAUUGUACCCUCAACGUCGACCAUUCUGCCCACGGGCACGGAGACAAUUGGCGCGGUUGUCAUUCUGGUACCCACGAGCAGUGCGGGUAUCAGCUUCACCACCAUUACGAGCUCGUACUCGGGUGCUAUCCCAUCCGCGACGACCAUUUUCCCGACCGGAUCGGAUACCGAGGGAACUAUUAUCAUUCUCAAUCCUAUCACGAUCGACACCCCGGGCAUCACCAUUACGAGGCCGUACACCGGAACCGAGACCCUGACCUCUACGAUUCCACCCGCCGUUUCUGGAGACCCUGCGACCGUCAUCAUUCUGGAUCCCGCUCUGCUUCUCACGACUUCCAACGCUGGCACUUUCACGACCAUUACAAGCGGAUAUGAUGGUUCCGUCAUUGCCACGUCCACCGUCCCAGCGGUCGGCACCGAUGGACCCGGAACAGUCGUCAUUCUGGAGCCAACGGGCACCGCUGCGCCCAGCGUCACCGUUUCCUACACGACCAUCAUCAGCACAUACGCAGGAUCGUUGCUGGCGACCUCGACUCUAGCUCCCGCGGGCACCGAUGCUGUUGGCACCGUCAUCCUGCUGGUUCCCAGCUCGAGUGUUCAGAUCCCUGGUGUUUCUUCUUACACCACGGUCACCAGCACGUACACUGGAUUGUUGCCAUCAUUCUCUACGCAGGCUCCCUCGGGAACUGACACUGUUGGCACCAUCAUCUUCUUCGAGCCCGAGGCCACUGCAACAUCUGAUGUGCCCUUCACUACAAUCUUCAGUGGAUACGACGGGUCCAUUAUCCAGACCUCUACCAUUGCACCCGGCGCCCCUGGUGAGACUGGCACUGUUGUCAUUCUUCAGCCCAGCUCGGUCCUCACUGCGUUGCCAACAUCGUCUGCCAACUCUGAUGUCGUCAGCUACACCACAAUCUUCAGCACGUAUACUGGCGACAUUCCUCUCACGACGACCCUUGCUCCGGCUAGCGGCGACCCUGCCAACAUUGGCACAGUCAUCGUCCAGUUGCCCAAUGUCCUGGCCACGUCGAGCCCGACCAUCAGCGUCAGCAUUACAUACACGACGAUCGUCAGCUUCUUCUCGGGAUCUGCUCCGAUCACCACCACGAUCGAUCCCGCGGUUGGAGGCAGCAUUGGUACUGUUGUUGUGCAGGUUCCUCUUACUACCUCGGAUCUCUUGGCUUCGCCUGGCAUCUUCUACACCACUAUCAUCCCCGAAACUGGAGUGAUCCCCACGGCCACGAGUGCUCUGGGAGCGUUGUUCACCACGGUGUUCAGUACCUACCCUGGCUCAGUCACUUUGACAACUACUAUUCCCGCCGCGGACCCCACGGGCUUGGGAACAGUUGUCAUUCAAGUUCCUGACAUCUUGGAUACUUCGAGCCUCCCCACUGGCAGUCUUACCGCUUCCCCGGGUGGCUUCUUCACUACCCUCUUCAGCACCUAUGGCGGCUCGGUCACCUUGACCACCACCAUUCCCCCUGCGGCGACGGAUCCCUCCGGACUUGCCACGGUCAUUAUUCAGGUUCCCAGCAACGUGCUCAACACGGACAGCAUCUCUUAUACCACGGUCACCAGUGCCUACACCGGCCUCAUUCCUCAGACCACUACCGUGGCCCCUGGCGCUCCUGGCGACCUUCGAACCGUCAUCGUUCAGGUUCCCACCAGCUCAGUCAGUGUGGAUGCCAUCUCGUACGUGACUGUCACCAGUGGUGGCUUCACCGGCCUGGGCCCAUUGACAACAACCAUUCCUCCGGCCAACCCCGGAGACCCCGGAACAGUCGUCAUCCAGGUCCCAAGUGCCACGAGCGCCCUUGGAGCUGUGUACACGACCAUCACCAGCGGCUACCCUGGAUCUGUCCUCGCAACCGAGACGGGCGUUCUCACCGGAGUGGAUGGCCUCGUCACUGUGGUCGUUCUAUCGCCGACUGGAACUGCCGCCUCAUUGCCAACCAUCACGGGAAGCAUUGGCGUGUUCGUUACAGUCAGCAUUGGAUAUGAUGGAUCUGUCAUUGCCACAUCGACCGGCUCAGUCACUGGUGUCGAUGGUCUUAUUACUGUUGUCGUCCAGACUCCCACCAUCGCCAUCACUUCGCCCACGGCCACCAUUUCGGGUCUCUCCUAUACCACGGUUACCAGCGGCUACGCUGGAUCUCUCCUCCAGACCCUCAUUGGAACGCAGACGGGAGCUGAUGGACUGGCCACAGUGGUCAUUCAGACGCCCACGAUUGCCAUUACCUCGCCGACUGCCACUAUUCCUGGCCUUUCGUACACCACCGUGACAAGUGGCUACGACGGCUCGCUUCUCCAGACUCUCAUUGGAACGCAGACUGGUGCAGACGGCUUGGCGACGGUCAUCAUCCAGACUCCAACUUUGGGACUCACUUCCCCGACUGCAACGAUUUCCGGUCUUUCCUACACCACCGUCACAAGUGGCUACGCUGGAUCUCUUCUCCAGACCCUCAUCGGUACCGCUACUGGUGCUGAUGGCCUCGCCACGGUCGUGAUCCAGGUGCCAACAGCCUCCAUCACCUCUAGCCCGACUGUCUCGGCUCCGGUCUCAUACACCACAGUCACCAGCGGCUAUGGAGGCUCAUUCAUCCAGACUCUCAUCGGCUCUCUUCCCGGUAUUGACGGCUACAUCACCGUGGUCGUCAACAUCCCCACUGGCACGGCAUCUCUGCCCACAACCACUUUGCCCGGUGUUUCGUACACCACUGUUACGAGUGGAUAUGAUGGAUCGCUUCUUCAGACCCUCAUCGGCUCUGUCACUGGCGCAGAUGGACUUGCGACCGUUGUGGUCCAGGUUCCCACUGCCACGGCCACAGCCACGACAACGCCCGCCAUCUCGGUCACUCAGUCCAUCAUCUCGUACAUCACCGUCACGACUGGCUACUCUGGCGCCUCAACUCUCUUCCAGACGCUCGCUCCCGCUGCCUCUGGUCUGCCAGGCACCGUCUUCAUCCAAGUCCCGACCGCCGUGCCUUCAAGCACGCCUUCUCUCACCAUCUCGGACGGCACUACGUACACAACCAUUACUUCUUUCAUCACGGCUUCUGUCACCCAGAUCUCGACUCUUGUUCCGUCAAGGCCUGGCGAUGUGGUCACUGUUCUUCUUGGUCUCCCCCGUCGCUUGGUGCUCGUCACGACGACGAUCCCUGGUCUAAGUGUUACUGCUACCUCAACUCUGCCAAUGGGCUCCGAUGGUGCCCAGACGAUCAUGAUCCAGGUUCCUGGCGUGGCCACGGCCACGGCCACGGCGUCACCAACGAUUGGUGGCAUCACAACCGUCUUCAAUACUUACAGCGGCUCCGUUACUCUCAUCCAGACAGAAACUCCCGCUCAGCCUGGAGAUCCAACCACGGUUCUUGUCAAUAUCCCCGGCGUCUUUGCCGAGGUUACUUCAACUCGCUUUGGCGCACCAUCUGCCGGCACCACCACCAUUGCUCCCGCCGGCACCGGCCUCCCAGCGACAGUCAUCAUUGACCUUCCUGCCAUCUUCCAAACCGUCACCAGCGGCUACUCUGGUCUCGUUCCGGCAACGACGACUAUUUUGCCAACGGAUCCCACCGGAGUUGGUCUGGUCAUCAUCCAGACCCCGACUGUCUCCUCUGGCUUGCCCUCCAAUACUCCUUCCACGGUCUUCACAACCGCGCCUGGAACUGGCUCACUCUUGGCCACUGCCACGAUCACCGGGCCUGAUGGCGUGGUUUCCGUCAUUGUACAGACCCCAACGGCUUUUGGACAGAUCCUCUCUACGGUCUUCACCACUCAGCCGGGCACUGGACUCUUGCCUGCCACCACUACCGUCACCGGCCCAGAUGGAAUCGUCUCUGUCAUUCUUCAGACUCCUACUCUUCCCUCGGGAGCUGUUCCGACUACGGUCUUCACCACGCUGCCCGGAACUGCUGCUCUACCAGCAACGACCACCGUCACGGGAGCGGAUGGAGUCGUUUCCGUCAUCUUCUUGGAGCCUACAACCUCGGGCCAGAGCCUCGUGGUUCCGACUACGGUCUUCACCACCAUUGUGGGAACUGGUGCUCUCCCGACCACUACUACGGCCAGCGGCCUUGGUGGAAUCGUCUCUGUCAUCGUGGAGCUUCCGAGCACUACUUUGCUCCCAGGAGUCACUCCCUCGACCAUCUUCACCACGGUUCCAGGCACUGGAGCGCUCCCGGCCACAGCUACGGUCACCGGACUGGAUGGCAUCGUCUCGGUCAUCAUCUCCGAGCCCACGUCAAUUCUAUCUGGCAUCUUCACCACCAUCACCACGGGAGGACCGGUUGCUGCGACCAGCACCAUUCUGCCCAACAUCAUUGGUGGCGUUGGCACGGUUGUCGUCCAGACACCGACCCUCACCGUCAGCCCCGGAGCCUUCUUCACGACUCUCACUUCUGGUGGUCCAGUCGCUUCCACUUUCACGAUUCCAGCUGUUGAUCCCACUGGCCUCGGAACGGUCGUCAUCCAGACACCCACUGUCAGCCCGGGAGCCUUAUUCACCACCAUCACCUCUGGUGGCCCAGGUGCGUCGACCUUUACCAUCCCAGCCGCCGACCCUACCGGCCUCGGAACCGUGGUCAUCCAGACUCCGACUGCCCUCCUCGCGUCUUACACGACCCUCACCAUCACCGGCUCUGUUGCGACGACCUUCUCAAUCCCCCCUGUGGGCUCUGGCAUCGGAAGCGUCAUUGUGCAGGUUCCGGAGAUCACUGGCACGUCCGCCUCGCUGCCAUCCAUUACAUCUGCUCCGACCUCAAUUCUCAGCCGUGACCUCACCACCAUCUUCUCCCCUUACACCGGAACGACAAGAAUCACCACCACAAUUCUGGUCAGCAUCAGCGGCGAUCCUACCCUGCCCAACACGGUCAUUGUCUACGUUCCCCUCACGGAGACGAGCAGCUCCGUUGCGACACCGACGGUCACUGGCGGUAUCUCGUACAUCACUCUCAUCACGGGUGUUCCUGGAACCUUUAUUGGCACCCAGACAACUACCCUUCCCGCCGGCAAUGAUGGAUCUGCCACCGUUCUCAUCCAGACUGCCCUUCCUCUGGCCACGUCCAGCCCCAGCCUCACUGUCUCGUACACGACAAUUGUCACGGGCAUCAUUGGCACCUUUGCCGGUCUUCAGACAUCGACUCUUCCAGCAGGACCCGAUGGACUGGCAACUGUCCUCGUCCAGAGCGCCGUCCCGUCUGCCGGUGUUUCUUUCACUACAGUCUUGACGGGAAUUCCGGGCACAUUCCUCGGAACCCAGGCGACGACCUUGCCUGUUGGUACCAACGGCAUCGCAACCGUUCUUCUCCAGACUGCCCUGCCCACCGCAAGCCCGGUCUCGUACACCACCAUCUUCUCUGGCGUGCCCGGCACGUUCGUCGGACCUCAGACCACGACCUUGCCCGCGGGCCCCGACGGUCUCGCUACUGUUGUCGUGCAAAGCGCUCUCCCUACCUCGGGUGUUUCCUACACGACUCGCUUCACAGGCGUUCCCGGCACUUUCAUCGGAGCUCAGACAACCACGCUUCCUGCCGGUCCCGAUGGACUCGUUACCGUACUUGUCCAGAGCGCGAUCCCAACAGCAAGCGCCUCGUACACGACAUUGCUUACUGGCAUCCCUGGAACCUUCUUGGGCUCGCAGACCAGCACUCUUCCAGUUGGACCUGACGGCGUUGCUACUGUGAUCAUCCAAACUGCGCUGCCUACUGGUGUGCCGACGUCCUACACGACUCUGUUCUCUGGCAUUCCCGGCACAUUCAUCGCGCCCAUCACAACCACGUUGCCCGCUGGGCUUGACGGCAUCGCGACCGUGCUCAUUCAAACGGCGCUUCCAACUGCGACUGCAAGCCCUACGUCCUACACGACCGUCCUCACUGGUGUACCGGGUACAUUCAUCGGCGCUCAGACGAGCACCUUGCCUGUUGGAUCUAACGGCAUCGCCACGGUGGUCAUUCAGACCGCCCUGCCCACUGGAAACCCAACGUCGUACACGACCUUGUUCUCUGGUGUUCCUGGCACUUUCACCGCGCCUUUGACAACAACUCUGCCAGCCGGAACCGACGGCAUUGCAACUGUGGUCAUUCAAACCGCACUCCCGACAGCCAGCCCGCUCUCGUACACCACCGUCUUCAGCGGCGUUCCUGGCACUUUCUUGGGCGCCCAGACGACUACCCUUCCUGCUGGCCCUGGUGGUCUGGCAACCGUUCUUAUCCAGACAGCCCUGCCAACAUCAAGCCCUCUAUCGUACACCACGGUGCUCACGGGCGUUCCAGGAACUUUCCUUGGUGCGCAGACCUCCACCUUGCCCGCCGGUACCAACGGAAUCGCGACUGUGGUCAUCCAGACUGCCCUCCCAACAGCCAGCCCAGUGUCCUACACAACUGUAUUCACAGGUCUUCCAGGAACUUUCUUGGGCCUACAGACAUCAACACUUCCUGCUGGCCCCGAUGGCCUCGCCACCGUUGUCAUUCAGUCAGCUCUGCCAACGGGAAGCCCAACUUCGUACACAACAUUGCUCACUGGCAUCCCGGGCACUUUCUUGGGCUCACAAACGACAACGCUGCCUGCCGGUCUCGAUGGACUGGCAACUGUCAUUGUUCAGACUGCUCUGCCAACAGCAAGCCCCGUCUCAUACACCACCUUGCUCUCCGGGGUGCCAGGAACUUUCUUGGGCGCGCAGACUACCACGCUCCCGGCUGGUUCUGAUGGUCUUGCCACGGUCAUCAUUCAGACCGCUAUUCCCACAGUCCAAGCUGCUUCAUAUGUCACCAUCGUCACGGGCAUCCCGGGUACUUUUGCGGGCACCUUGGCCUCGACACUUCCCGCGGGAACCAACGGAGUUGGCACCGUUAUUCUCCAGACCGCCGUUCCCACGCCGACUUCGAGCGACGCUGGUGUCACCUACACCACAAUCCUGACUGGAGUCCCUGGCAUCUUCACAGGUACCCAGACGACUACGCUCCCCAUUGUCACCGGAACUGUUGGCACCGUUCUCUUGGAGACCGCUCUCGCAACUCCGAACCCAGUUCUCUCCUACGUGACAUUGUUGACUGGAAUUCCGGGAACUUUCAUCGGUACGCAGGCGACCACGCUGCCAAUUAUUUCUGGCAGCGUCGGAACGGUUCUCUUGCAGACCGCUCUUCCUUCUGCCACCUCGUCGCCUACAAGCAGCGUCAGCAUCACGUACAUCACCAUUGUCACUGGUAUCUUGGGAACCUUCACUGGCACUCAGACAAGCACCCUGCCCAUUCCGUCCAUCGGAGUCGGUAUCGGCAUCGGUAUCACGGCUACCGUCGUCUUGCAGACCGCCAUUCCCACAUCGGCUGUGCAAUCGUACACGACCAUCGUCUCCGGCGUUCCCGGCAGCUUCACCGGCACCCAGACCACUACCCUCCCCGGUGUUGGUCCGGACGGCCUGGCUACCGUGGUCCUCCAGACUGCCCUUCCCGCCAUCACCUCAUACACGACCAUCUUCAGUGGUGUCUUUGGCACUUUCACUGGAACCCAGACAACUACCCUUCCUGGGGUCGGCACCAACGGUCUUGGAACUGUUGUCUUGCAAACGGCCGUCCCCUCAACAACUGCGGCUUCCUACACCACAAUCAUCACGGGCGUCCCAGGCACUUUCAUCGGCACGCAGACUUCCACCCUCCCUGGCACCGGCGCCAACGGCCUUGGAACAGUUGUUCUCCAGACUGCUCUCCCUGCCGCUACCUCGUACACUACGAUCUUCAGUGGAAUCGUCGGCACCUUUACCGGAACCCAGACUACCACUCUGCCUGGCACUGGAAUCGACGGCCUCGGAACUGUUGUUCUGCAGACCCCGAUUCCCACCACAAGUCUGUCAUACACGACUUUGGUCACCGGCAUCGCUGGAAGCUUCUUUGGCACCCAGACGACUACCCUACCCGUCGUCGGCACCGGAAAUGUGGCCACUGUUCUCCUCCAGACUGCACUUCCGAGCGUCUCGUACACUACCGUCCUCACGGGUAUCCCUGGAACGUUCAUCGGAACCCAGACCAGCACUUUGCCUGUUGUCGGUUCCAACGGCUUGGCAACUGUCGUCCUACAGACUGCACUGCCCGCCAUCUCCUACACCACGCUUCUCACAGGCAUCCCGGGCAACUUUGCUGGAUCCCAGACAACCACUCUUCCCAUCGUUGGCACGGGGAACGUGGCGACCAUUCUCAUCCAGACUGCUCUCCCAUCGGUCAGCAGCACGUCUUCAAGCUCUUCGGUCAUCGUGAUCAACACUUCCUACGUCACCAUUGUCACUGGCAUCUUUGGUACGUUUGCAGGAACCCAGACAACUACUUUGCCUGCCGCCGCCACAGCCCCCGGACUCGUCACUGUCGUCCUCCAGACAGCAAUACCGAGCCCCGGCACGACUUCGUACACCACGAUCCUCACUGGCGUCACCGGAACCAGCUUCCCUGGUACAAGGGCGACCACUCUGCCUGUCAUUGGUACCCUUGGAACUGUCCUUUUGGAGACGGCUAUUCCGGACGUCCCGACAACUUCCUACACGACUAUUCUCACUGGCAUCGCUGGCGAGACAUUUGUCGGCACCCGCGCCACAACUCUUCCAGUUACGGGAAGCAUUGGAACCGUUUUGUUGGAGACGGCCAUUCCAGCUGCCACCUCGUACAUUACGAUUCCCACGGGAGUCGCUGGCGCCACAUUCACCGGCAUCCAGCUAUCUACUCUUCCAGUCACGGGAACUAUCGGAACUGUACUUCAACAAACAGCUCUGCCGGCGGCUACUUCAUACAUCACGAUUCCCACCGGAGUUAUUGGGGCUACAUUCACUGGCAUCCAGCUUUCCACUUUGCCCGUCACCGGCACUAUCGGUACGGUCCUUCAACAGACUGCUCUUCCGGCUGCCACCUCAUACAUCACGAUCCCAACUGGAGUCAUCGGUGGCACCUUCACCGGCAUUCAACUCACGACACUGCCGGUUACUGGAACCAUCGGCACCGUGCUCCAGCAGACAGCCCUUCCGGCAGCAACUUCGUACAUCACGAUUCCUACUAGCAUCGCGGGAGCUACCUUCACGGGUAUCCAGCUUUCGACUUUGCCCGUUACCGGCACGAUUGGAACUGUGUUGCAACAGACGGCUCUGCCCGCUGCCACUUCGUACAUCACGGUACCGACCGGAAUCCUGGGAGCCACGUUCCUUGGAACGCAACUUUCUACGCUUCCUGUUACUGGCACGAUUGGAACUGUUCUUCAACAAACCGCCAUUCCUCUCGCGACUUCCUACAUCACAAUCCCAACUGGAGUUCUGGGAGCCACGUUCCUUGGAACUCAGCUCUCUACUCUUCCGGUCACUGGGACCGUUGGCACCGUCCUUCAACAGACGGCCAUUCCCAAUCCCGUCACAUCUUAUGUUACGAUUCCCACCGGAGUUCUGGGAGCCACGUUCCUCGGCACCCAGCUCUCUACUCUCCCCGUCACAGGCACGAUCGGAACCGUUCUUCAGCAGACCGCCAUUCCUGCCUUGUCCACUGGAUACACCACCAUCCUGUCCGGCAUCGUCGGCACCUUUACAGGAACCCAGACUACGACCCUUCCAGUCACUGGAACCCUUGGCACUGUUAUUCUGCAGACGGCCGUACCGCCAGCCACGUCUUACACCACCAUCGUCACUGGCGUCUUCGGAACCUUCCUUGGAACGUCGGCGACCACGCUGCCCGCCACCGGAACUAUCGGUACGGUACUCCUCCAAACCGCAAUCCCGAUCUCGUACACGACUCUCCUCACCGGAGUCGCUGGCAACUUCCUCGGCACCCAGACGUCGACGAUCCCGGCCGUCAGCGGUCUCGGAACCGUCCUGCUUCAGACCGCUCUGCCCACUGGAUACCUCACCGUCACCAGCGGAAUCACCGGCAGCUUCACCGGCACUCAGACAACCACCUUGCCAGCUGUUGGAGGAGGCCUUGGAACCGUCGUGCUUCAGACCGCCAUUCCCAGCUCCGUCAUUGUCUCUUACACGACUAUUAUCACUGGCGUCAUUGGCACUUUCACUGGCACCUCGGUAACCACCCUCCCGGCCACCGGAAGCGUUGGCACCGUGUUGUUGGAGACGGCCAUCCGGCCCAUUUCCUACGUCACCGUCACCAGUGGCAUCGUGGGCAGCUUCACAGGCACUCAAACCGUCACUCUCCCCACCACUGGAGCCGGACAGAGUAUCGCUACUGUUGUCCUUCAGACUGCUAUUCCGGCCAUCUCGUACAUUACCGUCACGAGCGGAGUAGUCGGCAGCUUUACCGGUACUCAGACCGUCACGCUUCCCACGACGGGAGCCGGCCAGAGCAUCGGCACCGUCGUUCUCGAGACCGCUAUUCCGGCCAUCUCGUACAUCACCAUCCCUACUGGGGUUACUGGCACGUUCACAGGCACCUCUACAGUCACUUUGCCUACCACUGGUCCAGGCCAGACUGUUGGCACCGUCUAUUUGGAGACUGCUCUCCCAGUCAUUUCUUACGUGACGAUUCCCACUGGAGCGACCGGAACCUUCACAGGAACCCGUCUCAGCACCCUUCCAGUCACUGGCACCGUCGGUACCGUGCUCGCUCAGACGGCCCUCCCGGUCAUCUCGUACAUUACGAUUCCUACUGGAGUUACAGGAACAUUCACCGGCACCCAGACAACCACGCUGCCGAUCACGGGUUCCAUUGCGACGGUACUUCUGGAGACCGCAUUGCCCGUUAUUUCGUACAUCACGAUUCCAACCGGCGUGACCGGAACCUUUGCGGGCACUCAGCUUUCCACCUUGCCCGUUACCGGUACGAUCGGAACUGUCCUUGCCCAGACUGCCCUCCCCUCCAUCUCGUAUCUCACGAUUCCUACUGGCGUUACUGGAACCUUCGCGGGUACCCAACUGUCAACUUUGCCAGUCUCUGGAACCAUCGGAACCGUCUUGGCGCAGACCGCUCUCCCAGUCAUCUCCUACAUCACCGUCCCAACGGGAGUCACUGGCAGUUUCACGGGCACGCAAUUCUCAACCUUGCCCGCCGUUGGCAGUGUGGCCACUGUCUUGGCACAAACCGCUCUCCCAGUCAUCUCGUACACGACCGUUCCGACUGGCGUUACUGGCACGUUCACAGGCACCCGUUUGUCGACAUUGCCGGCCGUCGGAAGCGUGGCCACGGUACUGGCCCAGACAGCUCUUCCAGUUGUCUCGUACGUGACUGUUCCAACAGGAGUCACAGGCACCUUUACUGGCACGCAGUUCUCAACCCUCCCGGCUGUUGGCAGCGUUGCCACUGUUCUUGCUCAGACAGCCUUGCCUGUGGUAUCGUAUGUCACGGUGCCUACAGGCGUCACUGGCACCUUCACCGGAACCCAGUUCUCGACCCUCCCCGCUGUCGGCAGUGUGGCCACAGUAUUGGCUCAAACAGCCUUGCCCGUCGUUUCCUACGUUACUGUUCCUACUGGCGUCACUGGUACCUUUACUGGAACGCAGUUGUCUACUUUGCCCGCCGUCGGAAGCGUCGCGACCGUUCUCGCUCAAACGGCCUUGCCUGUGGUUUCGUACGUUACCGUACCCACGGGAGUCACCGGCACCUUCACGGGAACGCAGCUAUCAACGCUUCCCGCCGUCGGAAGCGUGGCCACGGUGCUUGCCCAAACAGCCUUGCCACAGAUCUUCUAUACCACGGUCGCCUCGGGAGUCGCAGGCACCUUUGCCGGUACGCAGCUGGUCACUCUCUCCGGAACCGGAGCCACCCGAACUGUCGUGGCAGAGACCGCCAUUCCGUAUACGACGGUCCUCACUGGAGUUUCUGGCACCUUUACCGGAACUUCCCUAUCUACGAUCGGAAACACGGUUCUCGCUCAGACAGCCCUGCCUCAGAUCUUCUACACGACCAUCCCGUCAGGCGUGCCGGGCACCUUUGCCGGAACGUCUUUGGUCACUCUCUCGGGCUCUGGAGCUACUCAGACAGUCGUUGCCCAGACAGCCAUUCCCUACACCACGGUCGUCACGGGGGUUACUGGAACCUUUACCGGAACCUCUCUGUCUACUAUCGGUAACACAGUCAUCGCCCAGACGGCUCUGCCGCAGGUCUUCUACAACACGGUACCCACUGGUGUUCCGGGCACGUUUGCCGGAACCUCUCUUACUACCCUCGCGGGCUCCGGAGCAACGAGGACGGUCCUCGCUCAGACUGCCGUGCCGUAUACCACAAUCCUCACGGGAGUCUCGGGCACCUUUACCGGAACUGCAGUCACGACCAUCGGUAACACCGUCCUUCAACAGACGGCCAUUCCUCCAGUCUCUUACACAACGGUGGUCACCGGUGUGAUCGGCACCUUUACUGGCACUCAAGUCACCACCAUUGGCAACACGGUCGUCCAGCAGACCGCCCUCCCCUCAAGCACAUCGUACACCACAAUCCUCACGGGAGUCACUGGUGCCUUCACAGGCACGCGGACUACGACUGUUGGAAACACAGUCCUGCAGCAGACGGCACUCGCAUCGGCAAGCCGUGUCGUCACCAGCUCAUACGCACCAUCCGGCUGUGUCCCGACGCCUACGGGUGUCGCAGCCCCGACUUGUCUACCAUCAACUGGAUCUGCAAUCACUUUGCCUCCUGCUUGCGCCAGUCUCACGGGUGUCAUCUUGCAAUCAUACUCUCAGUCGACGCUCGAUCUUUGUACUGCAGCUUUGGGCGCGACCGCCAACAUUGGAACCGUCAGCAACUGUCUCAACUUGCAACAAAUUGCUCUGUUAGGAAACGUCCUGGGAUACAACCACGUCAGAUGUAUCCAGACUGCUCUGGCGGGUACCUGUCUCACGAGGCUUCCAUCAAUCUGCGCCAACCUGGCGGCAUCCAGCCAGACGCUCGUCAAUGUCAAGACCAACGCCGCUCUAUGCUUCGCCAACCUUGGAGUCUUUGGUUCCAUCACGACAGCAGGCAACUGUAUCAUAUCCAGCGUCACCAACCAAGGAGGCGCGGCCGUUCUCAACUGUUUCGAACGAGCUCUCGGACUACCAGUCGGUCAAACAGUCGCCGGAUUGGCGAGCACAGUAUUGUGUCCUUCCGGCACAGCCUGCGCCCGCGCUCCGGCAGCCUGCGGUGCCCUGCUGGAUGUCACACUCUCCACGUCGGAAAUCAAUGCCAACCUCAAUCUCUGCCAGGCUGGCCUCGUCGUCAGCGCCUUGGGAAACACGGUAUCAAAUUUGGCUUCCGGUUUGGGCUGUACCCUCGGCAGCGUUACCGGCCUGGUGGGCAGUCUCCUCGGAGCCCAGACACAGUCGUACGCUCAAUGUAUCCAGAACUCGCUGGCUUCGCAGUGUAUCACGUCGCUACCGCAGAGCUGUGUCAACCUGGGCGUCGACGCGACUGGUGGCGUGUCAGUGACAGUCAGCGCACCAAACCUCAUCUCUUGCGUGACUUCGCUCGGCCUCUUAUCCAACGGCAUCGCCUCGGAUUGUUUGAACCUGUCCUUGACGGGCCCGAACAUUGUGGCUUGCCUGAACUUGCGCCUCUUUGGCGUCGCCACGGUGAACGUGGCCGCCAAAUAG